AUGAAGAAUCAUGAGAGAUGCAGAUCCAUAAUUGCGAAGGCAUCGCAAGAUCCAGGCAAUAAAAAUGCAGUCUUGCAGGUGAUUGAGCGCCGAGACCAAGACUGGGUAGAUUGUUUCAAGCUUCAGUCUUAUCAUUUGACGCCUUGGUGGAUGAAUGCCCGAGAAGCUCUUGCGCAACUAUCCCCCUCUAUGGAAGAUAUAGAUUGGGGAGUCUCCUCUCCCCCUUACCGCGCCUUUGGAUCGCGAGCAAGUAUAGCUCUGGUUUCUUACUGCUUUUCUGGUCUAGCAGAUAUCUCAGCUUGGAAAGAGUAUCACUGGGACUUAGAUCUCAAAGGGCUUUUGUUGAUGCUCCAUUCGUCUCCAGCAUUUGAGGAAGGCGUUACGGCUGCUGAGCUGCAACAGAUGAUCAAAUCACUCAAGGUCGUAUUUGAGUUUGAAGAUAAAAGAUGCUGUUGGAUCUUACCUCAAAUUAUCAAUUUGAAUGAGCAUAGGGCAGUGAUAGCCUAUUAUGAACGAGCAUUUGCAGCCUUAGAUCCGCGGAUUAUACCAAAGUUAUGUUCUCGACUUUUUAGAGAACAAAUCCCAGAUUUCGAUAUCGAAAAUCAAAGUAUGAAAGAUUAUGCGAUUAAAAGACUCGCGAAAGCAUUCCACAAUUUAUCCCCUUCUUAUGGACCGGGCAUUUUUAAACAAUUGGGUAUAUGCCGUGUUGAUACAAGGCUUUUUGCUGAAAUACUAUGCGUCAAGCUUUAUGAGUCCAGCAAAUCCAACUCUAUUGUUCGUGUUAUACAAGCAUCGCCGUCGCCGAAUAUCGAUCCUCUAACUCUGAAUGGAGAGACAACAUUACUGGAAUCUUAUUCUCCAUUGAUCGGACCAAAUAUCAAAUCUACUACCGACAGUUCCCCGGGCUCAAAUAACAAGAGCAUAUGUUCACCCGGGAUUGGCUUUGCUGAAAAGCUGGGCGAGAAACCUAGCAUACCUAACACCUCAUUAGAAGACGCUGACAAGAAUCUGUAUUGCAGCUCAGAAUCUGGCAGCUUACGAUUCCGAUGUCUUUUUGCGCCCUACGGAUGCAAAGCGACCUUCAACUACAAGUCGAGUUUCAAACGCCAUAUAACUACUAUCCAUGUAGUCCCAAACUUAUAUCGGUGCGAGAUAUGCCUGAACUCUCAAGAGCGCCGCGAUAAAUGUCGGCCAACAGAAUUCGUCCGCGAAGACAUGCUCAUCGAACACCAGCGCCGUGUGCAUCAUGACCAAUUUGUCAAAGGUGGUGAGGGUAAUAGUUCCUGGCAUCAUGGACGGUACCCACCCACUAAGAGCCAAUGUCCAUUCUGUCAAGAGCUGUUUCUGGAAAAGAACGGAUGGAAUAAACGCAUGGAGCAUAGUUGUCAUGAAGAAGGGAAUGCAACUGAUGCGAGGGAGGAUUCCUAUUUGACCGAAUGGGCACUUGAAACAGGCACUGUAAAGAUCAUCAACGGGAAAAUGCGACUAGUGUGCCUAAAUGAGGAUUGA